GCUGCUAGCAGAGCUAGCUUGUUGUUGUGGUGUGUGAGGAGAAGAUUUGAGGCUCUGCAGUAAAAACGUCUUCACUUCAGUCUCUGGGAGAGUUGAUCAGCUAAAGCGACUAACUGCUGCUGCUGCAGAAAUCUUCUCACCAGGCUGUGGAAACUUUCUUCUUCUCCUCAACAACUUGGUGGAGUUCUUUCCAGAAGCAGAGAAGAUAUUCUGCGGUCUUCGUGACAAUUGGAGCUCCAAAAGCAGCUGUUAGCUAAACACGGCUAAAGAGAACCUGCUACCACUUCAGGAUCAUCCAUCAGCAUGGACACAGUUUCUAUAAAGAGUGAGGAUGAAGAGAAACCUCUGAUGUCACACCUUCAUCAGCUGCAACUAGACAACAGAGGUGUUCCAACCAGCAGCUCAGCUGACCAGAUGACAGCAGGAAGUAGCAGGACCCCAGAUCUGAACCAUCAUGAACAGCCAUCUGGUUCAUCUGAGACUGCAGUUCCUAUAAAGAGUGAGGAAGAUGAAGAGAAACCACUGUUCUCACAACUUCAUCAGCAGCAAUUAGAAGACAGAGAUGUUGCAACCAGCAGCUCAACUGAGCAGAUGGCGGCAAAAACCGAUGGAGGAGCAGAAACUGGCAUGAACCCAUAUCUGAACCUUCAUGAACAGAUAUCUGAUUCAUCAGAGACUGAAGUCAGUGGAGAUGAUGAAGAGGAUGAUGCUGUGAAUCUAGACUCUGUCCUGUUAGACACUGGGCCUGAAACUGGAGAUGAAGAUAUUGGCUGGAAAAAGAGCAGGUCUUCUGAGUCAGAUGUUAAGGCUGUCAACAGACCCUUUAGCUGCCCUGAAUGUGGUAAACUAUUUCUCCACAAGUGGUCUCUCCAGAAACACAUGAGACUGACAAGUCAUUCAGCAAGAAGGUCUUUAGGCUGUUUGGUUAAGAAAAAGUGUGUUACAGUGAAGCAACAUGUAGACUCAUGCAGGAAAGUCCAGAAAGAAAUAAUGAAAGUCCACACAGGACAGAAGCCUUUUGCCUGUGAGCUCUGUGGAAAAAAUUUUACCAAAAAAGCUAAUUUAAACAGUCACAUGAGAGUCCACACAGGACAGAAGCCUUUUGUCUGUGAAAUCUGUGGUCGAAAUUUUCGAUUUAAGGGAACUUUAAACACUCACCUGACUGUCCACACAGGAGAAAAGCUUUUUACCUGUGAGCUCUGUGGUUUAAGAUUUACCCGUAAGACAACUUUAAACCAUCACAUGAAAGUCCACACAGGACUAAAACCUUUUACCUGUGAGCUCUGUGAAAAAAGAUUUAGCAGUAAGACAUAUUUAAACAGACACAUGAGGGUCCACACAGGACUAAAGCCUUUUACCUGUGAGCUCUGUGGAAAAAAUUUUACCAAAAAAGCUCAUUUAAACAUUCACAUUAGAGUCCACACAGGACAGAAGCCUUUUGCGUGUGAGCUUUGUGAAAAAAGAUUUAGCAGUAAGAAACAUUUAAACAUUCACAUGAGAGUCCACACAGGACAGAAGCCUUUUGCCUGUGAAAUCUGUGGUAAAAAUUAUCGACAUAUGGAAACUUUAAAAAGUCACACGAGAGUCCACACAGGACAGAAGCCUUUUGUCUGUGAAAUCUGUGGUCGAAAUUUUCGAAUUAAGGGAACUUUAAACAGCCACAUGCUUGUCCACACAGGAGAAAAGCCUUUUGCCUGUGGGCCCUGUGGAAAAAGAUUUACCCGUAAGAUAACUUUAAACUAUCACAUGAGAGUCCACACAGGACAGAAGCCCUUUGCCUGUGAGCUUUGUGAAAAAAGAUUUAACAGUAAGACACAGUUAAACAUUCACAUGAGAGUCCACACAGGACAGAAGCCUUUUGCCUGUGAAAUCUGUGGUCAAAAUUAUCGACAUAUGGGAACUUUAAAAAAUCACACGAGAGUCCACACAGGACAGAAGCCUUUUGUCUGUGAAAUCUGUGGUCAUAAUUUUCGACUUAAGGGAACUUUAAACAGUCACAUGACUGUCCACACAGGAGAAAAGCCGUUUGCCUGUGAGCUCUGUGGAAAAAGAUUUACCCGUAAGACAACUUUAAAUAGUCACAUGAGAGUUCACACAGGACAGAGGCCUUUUGCCUGUGAACUCUGUGGUGAAAGAUUUCACCAAAAGGUAAUUUUAAACCAUCACAAGAGAGUCCACACAGGACGGAAGCCUUUUUCCUGUAAGAUUUGUGGCCAAGGAUUUAGCCGUAAGACCAUUUUUGACAAUCACAUGAGUGCCCACUCAGGACCGAAGGAACUCACUAUACAAGUUCCAGAAAUGAUUAUUGUAGUUUGUACAUUGUAGUUCUUUUGAGUGGAGAGGAUGCAGAGUGCUGAUCAUUGAUUUGCUCCGCAGGCAGCUGCGUCAUGCGCACGGCCACAGGCACGGCCUAAUUUCUGUUAGGGUUUUCUAUAUUUCACUUAUCUUAAAUGUUCUUUUUAAGUGUUUAUGCCCUAUGCUGCGUCUCUGUGGGGAAGUUGGUUAAUCUGCCCAGUAACAGGAACAGUCCUAGUUCUCAGUGAUUCAGCAGUUUUUGGCUGCUAGCAGCCACCUCUUUAAAAGGCGACUUCCCUUUUGGAAUGUCCCGCCUUAGCCUAGAAGCAACGCUGUUAUUGUGUAGCGUAGGCUAUGAUCAAUAGGUCUUUGUUCAUUUUUUCCUGUCUCAAUUAAAACAUUGUGGUCAGAGAAGAGAAGCCAGAGUAGGUUGGGCGAGUUUCCUUUCAGUCUCUCGGUCACUUGCUCUUUGCUGCAGCGUAUCAAAUCUACCAAUCUCCUUUGGUGUGCUUUCUUUUGGUUAAAAUAUCUAACAUUUUGGUGCCAUGACGCUGAGGUAGAGGCGGACCCACUGUGGGACAUCGCCGACGAGCUGCAGUCGUGCUGACUUUAAAGCCCCAGAGGCUCUGAUUGUCUCACGGGCCAGCUGUGAUAGCUUCGACUUCGUCUCCCAGCGUGCCCGCUCCUAUGUCCGGUUUAGUUUGAACUGCAUGUCAGGGGGAUUGAUAACUCCAAUUUUCAUUUUACACCUCAUCAAUAGAUACGUGAGUCAGUGAAGGUCAGCUAACAUUAAAUUAAAGGUUAGAGUCCUUUAAAUAAAGCUAACAUUAAAGGUUAGAGUUUUAUUGUGGCAGAAGAGGUCGCAAAAUCUGCUCGGCCAUUUACAGAGGGAGAGUUUAUCAAAAACCGUAUGCUUAAAGUUUGUAACGCAGUGUGCCCAGACAAAAGGCAACUAUUUUCAAACGUGAGCCUGAGCAGAAACACUGUUGCUGAACGUGUAGACCAGCUUUCCACCGAUCUAAAGGAACAGCUUGUGGGAAAGGGAAAAGAUUUCAUCUAGGGCUGCAGCUAUCGAAUAUUUUUGUAAUCGAGUACUCUAUCGAAUCUUUUUUCGAUUAAUCGAGUACUCUAAUAAAUGACCUUUUUGUGUUUGUAAACCAUUAUAUCAAAUAGCAUGUUAUAAUUAUGAAAGACCUCUUAAAAUGAGCAAGCAAUUGCCAGUUAUUCUUCUAGUUUUAUUCAAAAUUAGUUUUCAAAACUUCAGCACUUCAACUUUGCUUCACAGUAAACAAAUGCCUGUGCAAAAAAUAGGUAAGCAACCUGAGUCGAUUUUCCCCUCGUGCGAGAAUCUGCUAGCCUGCAAGCCAGACAAAAACUAGGAGGAUAACUGUUGAAGUAGCGCUGCGAGCGGCUGCGGCCCAAACAGAACCAGAACCGCUCACGGCGCAUGCGCAAACAGCUUGCCGGCUGUUUCCCUAUUAACACACGUCCGUUUUAAUUUCAACACUUUUUUUCUCACACAAUAACAAGGACUGUCGAGAAAGCAUGUUUGCCGUGGUUUUGUCAAAUUAUACUGAUCACAAAACAUUUAUUUACUUUCUUUCGUUUUCCUCCGCCACUCAUAAAUACCUGUGUCCUCCUGCAGCAAUCCCGAGGGAAAACAAAUAUCAAUAACAACACGGUAAAAAGUCCGACAUAUUGUGUAAAACUGCUAUUUUUAGCACAUUUUAAGUCCGAUGUGUUACUACCAGACGCACAGUGUGAGCUGAAACUGAGUGCUACAAACGAAAAAGUCGCACAGUGUCUGCAGAAUAUAUAGAAAUACAGGCUAAAAUGCAUUAUCUUGUAGAGGCUCCGAGUCCGCUUGCAGAAGUGACAUUUACAGGUGCUGCAGCAUGGAGGAUGUGGUGUUGUGCUAGGCUAAAUCCAUUUUACAGUAUUUAUACUGGACUACGUUUUCCGUCUUACGACGUGAAAGAUGGUCCCACACCUUUGGCAUUUUGUGUCUUUUUCGCACUCCACCGGGGUUCAAGUUGACCGCCAUGGCUUAAGAGAAAGUUAAGUUACAUUCGCUACUCCCGUGUGCAUUCAGUCCAGUGGGCAUGUGCGUCACUUAUUUCGGUCCGGGUGAAACAUGACCCCGGGCGAUUGCAAAGCCAUGAAUUAAUUAAACAUGAAUUAAACGAAGCCUCGAGGCAGAGAAUUUGACUCGAGGAUUUUUUGUACUCGAAUUAUUCGAGGUACUCGAGGAAUCGUUUCAGCCCUAAUUUCAUCGCAUAUUCCCUUGCUGUGGAUGAGAGCACCGACACAUCUGACAUUGCCCAGCUGUCAAUUUUUGUUCGUGGAGUGGACUCCAGCCUGAGCAUAACAGAAGAGCUUUUGGCAUUACGUCCUAUCAUGGCACAACUACAGGACAAGAUCUGUAUGAAGAGGUAUCCAGAUGUGUAAAUAAGAUGGGCCUGCCUUGGGAAAAACUCGUGGGAUUGAUGACAGACGGAGCACCCGCGAUGUGUGGACACAAGAGUGGAUUGGUGGCAAGGAUGUGUGAGAGGAUGCAGGAGCGAAACGUCACAGGUGAGCUGACAGCUUAUCACUGCAUAAUACACCAGGAGUCGUUGUGUGGCAAAGCCUUGAAAAUGGAACAUGUAAUGAGCACCAUAACGCGCGCGGUUAACUUAGCAAGAGGUUUAAAUCACCGCCAGUUCAAGGCAUUUCUGGGCGAGUUAGAUACAGAGUAUGGUGACUUGCUCUAUCACACAGAGGUGCGAUGGCUAAGCCAGGGAAAGGUGCUGCAAAGAUUUUUCGAGCUGCGUGAGGAGAUCUGUCUGUUCGUGGAAAGCAAAGGGAAAGACACAACAGAUCUCCGAGAUGAAAAUUUUCUGUGUGAAAUUUUCUGUGCGACAUCACGAGCCAUCUGAAUGUGAUGAACCUGCAGCUGCAGGGACGGGGGCGUGUCACCCCGAUAUGUACAGUACAGUGCAGGCAUUCAAAACCAAGCUGAGUCUGUGGGAGACGCAGAUGCGGAAAGAAAACUUGAGCCACUUUCCCAGUUGCCAGACCAUGAAACAGAAGCUCUCUACCGCCGUGUUCCCGAGUGCACAGUUUGCUGACAAACUCAACAUACUUGCCGCCGAUUCGCUGACUUUGAAGCCCAAAACUGCAGGUUUCAACUGCUCGGCAAUCCUUUUGCAGUUGACGUGGAAAGCGCACCACCAAACCUACUAAUGGAGUUGAUUGAGCUUCAGUGCAAUGACACAUUGAAGGAAAAGUAUGAGAGAGUGGGUGCUGCUGAGUUUGCACGUUUCAUUCCCGACACAAUGGCCGAGCUGCGCAUCCAAGCUGCUCAGACGCUCUCUAUGUUUGGCAGCACAUACCUGUGCGAACGGCUGUUCUCUUUGAUGAAGCUAAACAAAACAUCACACAGGAGCCGUCUCACUGAUUAGCACCUUCACUCAAUCUUGAGGAUUUCCUCAGCUCAGAGCCUUGCCCCGAACAUUGAUGAGCUUUUACAAAAGAUGAGACGCCAUCAAGUAUCAGGCUCAUCCUCAGACAAGUGAGCAUCACAGAGCAUUAACGUAUUUUUAGUUUUUAAUUCAGUUAAAAUUUUACAUUUGUUUCUACAAGACGUGAUUUUUCUUUAGAGGAAGUAUUGUUUUGUCAGUGUGCCAUAUAUUUUUGCAUUUUAUUUUAUUUUAUUGUAUUUUAUUUAUUUAUAUGUAUUUUAGUUAAUGGACUCAGGGGAAAUUGCAGAUAAGAGCCAUGAGAAAGAAUUUGAUUUAUUCUAUAUUUUUUCAUUUCACUAUUUGAAGCAGUAAUUGGUAGGAUAAUAGAGCAGCACAAUAUUGCAUUUUCAGUUUAUAAAGCAGUUUCAUUUAUGCAUUUAUCUUGAUAUAAGGAACAUGUUUUGUUUUUGAAGGAAAAUAGCUUUUUGCUGUUUGCCUGUUGAAAAUGUUUUCUUUUUAAUUUACUGACAGCCUAAAGAAAAUAUGACUUUAUUCAUUUAAUGUACAGGACAUGUGAUUUUUCUUUGAAGGCAGUUUGUUCUUGUCUGAGUGCCUGCUGACAAAUGUUUUCCCGAUUAUUGAUUUAAUCAUUAAAUACUACACUGUGUUAGGUCUUGGUUCAAUAGGCUACGUGCAAUCAUUUCAAUAUGUUUUAAUAAACAUUGAACCAGUCCGGCCCUCGGCUCAUAGCCAGUUUGUUUUUUUGGCCCUCUGUGUAUUUGACUUUGACAUCCCUGGCCUAGAACAAGUAAUUAUGUCCUAGUCAAUGUUAUGUUUACAAACUGACUUGGUAGGCAUUGAUGGGUGACACAUGUUUAAUAUGAGCAAAGAGCUGUUAGCACUACUAAGAUUAUUUAAAGUUUUAUUUUACAAAUUUUAAAUUUUUGAAUUUUUAUAAUCAGAAUUCAGUUUUCUGAUAAACAAUUUAGUGAUUUCUAUAGUUUUUACAUUUUUACAUUCCUAUAAUCAUUUAGUUUUACUUUUGUAGAACAUACCCACGGUGUUUAAAGUGGUAAAUGGCCUGUAUUUGACAUAGUGCCUUCUAAAGUCCUGGAACCCCCCAAGGUGCUUUACAACACAAUCAGUCAUUCACACACACAUUCACACCCUGGUGGGGAUGAGCUACGAUUUAGCCACAUUUGCCCUGGCGUGCACUGACGCCACCGGUCCCUGCAACCACCACCACCAGCAGGCAACGUGGGUUAAGUGUCUUGCCCAAGGACACAACGACGGCGACAGACUGAGCGGGGCUCUGCAACCUUCCGAUCACGGGGCGAGCACUUAACUUCUCUGCCACUGUCGCCCCAGUAUUAUUUAGUGAAUAAUACUUCUUAUAAUUUUUUAUUCUGCAUUUUUCCACUUAUUUUUCAACUUUGAUUUGUUUCCAUUUAAUAAAUUUACUGCUUUUACCAGUUAAAUCAUUUACACAUCAGUGUUUACCCUUCAUCACUUUUAUUUACACAUUUUUACUACAUCAAUUAAUUUAAAUACACAAAGUUCCUUUAAAACAUUUUUUUACUGUCUGACAUUCUUGUAUGAGUUGCAUUUAGGGGCGUGGUCCUGGUCAAGACCAUCUCCUGAACUCCAAACUGAAGGUCAGAAUGGGAAAGAAAGGUGAUUUAAGCUAUUUUGAGCGUGGCAUGGUUGUUGGUGCCAGACGGGCCGGUCUGAGUAUUUCACAAUCUGCUCAGUUACUGGGAUUUUCACCCACAACCAUUUCUAGGGUUUACAAAGAAUGGUGUGAAAAGGGAAAAACAUCCAGUAUGCGGCAGUCCUGUGGGCCAAAUGCCUUGUUGAUGCUAGAGGUCAGAGGAGAAUGGGCCGACUGAUUCACGCUGAUAGAAAAGCAACUUUGACUGAAAUAACCACUCGUUACAACCGAGGAACGCAGCAAAGCAUUUGUGAAGCCACAACACGCACAACCUUGAGGCGGAUGGGCUACAACAGCAGAAGACCCCACCAGGUAUCACUCAUCUCCACUACAAAUCAGAAAAAGAGGCUACAGUUUGCACAAGUUCACCAAAACUGGACAGUUGAAGACUGGAAAAAUGGUGCCUGGUCUGAUGAGUCUCCAUUUCUGUUGAGACAUUCAAAUGGUAGAGUCAGAAUUUGGCGUAAACAGAAUGAGAACAUGGAUCCAUCAUGCCUUGUUACCACUGUGCAGGCUGGUGGUGGUGGAGGUGUAAUGGUGCGGGGGAUGUUUUCUUGGAACACUUUAGGCCCCUUGGUGCCAACUGGGCAUGGUUUAAUGCCACAG